AUGCAGGUGGCAUCCGAGCCCCGUGAGCAGACCAGAUGUGCCUUGGCCUUCGAGGCCUGCUUCGCCGCCGCUGAGGAGCCGAAACCCCAGGACACCCUGGACUUGAGCCAACUGCCACCAGAGCUGCUCAUGAUGCUGCUGAGCCACGUGCCCCCACGCGUGCUGCUCGGGCGCUGCCGCCAGGUGUGCCGGUGCUGGGACGCCCUGGUGGACUGCCCCACCCUGUGGCUGAUCAUCCUGGCCCGGGACCACCGUGCCCUGUGGCCCGUCCUCCAAACCUGCCUGCCGCCCGCCUCGGACGCCAGGCCCUCCAUUCUGAGCCGCUUCUGCGAGCGCAGACCCAUAGGGCAGAACCUCAUCCAGAACCUUAAGGGCAAAGAAGCCUUCUUGGAUUGGUUUGUGUUGAGGGAAGAAGCAGCGCUGGUGCUGGAGGAAAACUGGAGGGUAACCCUCAACCGUAGUGUCCAUUGGCAAGACUGCUUCCUGUCUGCCUACAGGUGGCAUCACAAGAAGAAAGUGGUGGACCUGGAGGAGGAAGGUCUGUGGCCAGAGCUCCUGGAUAGCGGCAAGUUGGAGAUUUGUGUCUCUGACUGGUGGACAGACAAGCAAUGCACUGACUGUUUAUAUUGCCUGACUGUCCAGCUUCUAGAUGCCAACCAGGGUGUCCUGCAUCAGUUCGCUCCUUUGCCUUUUCCCAGAGAGCAACGCAAAUACCGUGUCUUCUUUAAGGUGAGUCUCUGGCAGGGGUGUGGGGAGUGGACAGUGGGAUCGGGGGUGAUAUAUGGCUGCAUAACAAAUUGUCCCCAACUUUCAUGGCUUGGUGUCAACAGCAGUGAUUUUAUCACCUCUCUGGUUCCAUUCAGGCCCUGGCUGGAGCUGAAGCGCAGGCCCGAUGGGACUCACCCCUUUCUCUGCCUACAGGUCAGUCAUGUGUUCUCCAACCUCAAGAAGGGCGUCCGCUUCGUGUCUCUUGAACACUGGAUCCGGGACAUGAGGUUCUUGUCUGAGCAAUACGGAGUCUAUCUGUGCAACUCCAGUGUGAUCGUGCGGGUCCGUCCAUCCUAGUCAAGGUGUGUCCUUGCAAAACAGCCUUGCUGUGCCUCUGGGAGCCGGUCCAUCGCAUUGAUCGAGGACUGGUAUUUCCCUGGCAUCUUGGGAUCUCCUGGGUCCAGUGGAAGGGACCACGAGGCCCUGUCUUCAGAUUCUGGAAGCUUCUAGAAGAAAGUUUCUCCAUCAGAUUGACCUGCUUCUGCCGCUCUAAGGCAGCCAUCGUUCUGCUGAGCGGAGAGCCGUGGGCGAGCACAGGGAAAUGCCCUCGUCUCUUCUGGUUUCUGCUUCGGAGGC